AUGAAAGUUUUUCUGAAGUUUGCAUUGUUGGCUCUUUUUCUUGCCACUGUUUUCGGACAAAAUCUUGCAACCGUUCCAUACGAUUGCUGCAGGACUAUAUGCAAAGGAGGAUAUUGCGACGGCGAAGUUUGCUGGUGUCAUGGUAAACCUCUGGGUCCACCGGAACCGAAAGACGUUGGUGCUGGAAGACAUCCACCUCGACCAUUGAAAUUUAAAUGA